UAUUAUGCACUACUAGGUGCUUCCGUUUAUAUACAGAGAUAAAUGUGUGUGUGUGAGCAACUGUGCAUCGGUAUAAAGCACAACAAAAAUUCCAUUAGCAGAAGCCAGAUCGAGUAGAGGCGGGAGCCGGCGGAGGCGCAGAGGUGCGAGCCAUGGAGAUGGAGAUCGCCAAGGUUGACCUCCACGGGGUGGUGCCCGGUGGCGCUGGGUGGGAGGCCGCCCGCGCCGCGGUGACCGCGUCCAUGGUGGCGCAUGGCUGCGUCGUGGUCGCGCACGACGCGCUCGGCGCGGACCUCCGGCGGGCGCUCUUCUCCCGUGCCAUGCCGGAGCUCUUCGCGCUCCCUCUCGAGGUCAAGCAGCGGACGGUGUCGGAGAAGGGGCAGUUCAGAGGCUACAUCGGCCAGCUCCCCGGCAUGGCCUGGGAGAGCCUCCGCGUCGAUGAGGCCACCGACGCCGCCAGCGUCCGCGGCUUCGCCGAGAUCCUCUGGCCGGAGGGGAACCUGGAGUUCUGGAGCAGCAUGUCCAUGCAGCCGCACUCCGACAGCAUCGUGGUGACCGCGAUCGUGCAGCACGAGGUGGAAGGCCUCGAGGUCCACGUCGGCGACGGGCGCUGGGUCGCCGUCCCUGCCGAAACCGGCACCUUCACCUUCGUCGCCGGCGAGUCGUUCAGGGUCGUGACAAAUGGGCGCGUGCCGGCGUGCCUCCACCGCGUGAGGACGCCGAGCAACCGCGAGCGGUUCUCGGUGCUGUUCGCCCGCCGGCAGAAGGAUGGCUUCGCGGUGCGCGCGCUGGAGGACCUCGUCGAUGCGGAGCACCCGCUGGUGUACAACCCGCUGCGCCACGAAAAGUUCGCCGACUGGCGUUACUCGGAGGAAGGGCUCAAAUUCAGCGAUCCGCUCGAGGCCUACUGUGGAGUAGACAAGGACGAGGUCGUCGGAGCCAUGGCGUGAUCAAUGAUCUCCAUCCGAAUUCACCUUCAUUUACAUACACUAGUAUAAGUCCCCAUCGAUCGUUAUCUUUAUCACAAUUCCUAUCUAUAUCGGGUGCUUGAUUAUUAUAGUCCGUUCAAGCGAUGAUGCGUGUA